UGUUUUCUCGUAGGAAAGGAAAAUAAAUCCGAAGACAGGAGCUGAGGAAGUCAUAAACGGUAAACCAGCUGGUUUUGUGCCCUUAUCUUUCUCUCUCCAUCUUUAUUGAAAAAAAGCUUAGAAUAAGGUGCGGAGAGAAACAAAGAAUAACAAGAAGAGUCAUUGCUUUUUCGUAGUCACCAUGUCCUCGAAGCUUGUAAUGUGGGAUGUUAUAAUGGUGUUUUUGUUUGGUUUAUGGGUUGGUUCUGGUAAAGCCUCUGUGUCCUAUGACUCUAAGGCUAUCACCAUUAAUGGGCAAAGAAGGAUUCUCAUUUCCGGAUCCAUCCACUACCCAAGAAGCUCCCCCGAGAUGUGGCCAGAUCUUAUUCAGAAGGCAAAGGAAGGGGGGUUGGAUGUGAUACAGACUUACGUUUUCUGGAAUGGGCAUGAGCCUUCACCCGGCCAAUAUUACUUUGAGGGGAACUAUGAUCUGGUUAAGUUUGUAAAGUUGGUGAAGCAAGCCGGCCUUUAUGUUCAUCUAAGGAUCGGUCCUUAUGUUUGUGCUGAGUGGAACUUUGGGGGAUUCCCCGUUUGGCUGAAGUACAUUCCAGGUAUCAAUUUCAGAACAGACAAUGGGCCUUUCAAGGUUCAAAUGCAUAAAUUCACAGAGAAGAUUGUCAAUAUGAUGAAAGCUGAAAGGCUGUAUGAGUCUCAAGGUGGUCCAAUUAUUCUAUCCCAGAUUGAAAAUGAAUAUGGACCUAUGGAGUACGAAAUUGGCGCACCUGGUCAAGCUUACACCAAAUGGGCAGCCCAAAUGGCUGUGGGGCUUGGCACCGGUGUCCCAUGGGUCAUGUGCAAGCAAGAUGAUGCCCCUGAUCCUAUUAUAAACACUUGCAAUGGUUUCUACUGCGACUACUUCUCUCCUAACAAAGCUUAUAAACCCAAAAUGUGGACAGAAGCCUGGACUGGCUGGUUUACUGAGUUUGGAGGUCCAGUUCCUUAUCGACCAGCUGAAGACUUGGCAUUUUCAGUUGCAAGGUUUAUACAGAAGGGGGGAUCAUUUAUUAAUUAUUAUAUGUAUCACGGGGGAACAAAUUUUGGUCGAACUGCUGGUGGUCCUUUCAUCACUACUAGUUAUGAUUAUGACGCUCCUCUUGAUGAAUAUGGACUUUUGAGACAGCCUAAAUGGGGCCAUUUGAAAGAUUUACAUAGAGCCAUAAAGCUGUGUGAACCAGCUUUAGUAUCUGGAGAUCCCUCAGUGACACCACUUGGAAAUUAUCAAGAGGCUCAUGUAUUCAGGUCAAAGUCUGGAGCUUGCGCUGCAUUUCUUGCAAAUUACAAUCCAAGAUCUUUUGCAAAAGUGGCUUUUGGGGAUUUGCAUUACAAUUUGCCUCCUUGGUCCAUCAGCAUUCUUCCAGACUGCAAGAACACUGUAUACAACACUGCUAGGGUCGGUGCCCAAAGUGCACAGAUGAAGAUGGUUCGUGUUCCUGUUCAUGGAGGAUUCUCUUGGCAGGCAUACGAUGAAGAGACAUCCUCUUAUGAUGAUGCUAAAUUCACGGCAGUUGGGUUGUUGGAGCAGAUAAAUACAACAAGAGAUGCUUCUGACUAUUUGUGGUACUCAACAGAUGUUAAGAUCGAGGCCAAUGAAGAAUUCCUGAAGAGCGGAAAGUAUCCUGUUCUUACAGUUUUGUCUGCUGGCCAUGCCUUGCAUGUUUUCAUCAAUGGUAGACUAUCAGGAACUGCCUAUGGAAGUUUAGAAUUUCCAAAACUAACAUUUAGUGAGAAUGUGAUGCUGAGAGCUGGUAUUAACAAAAUCUCACUCCUAAGUGUUGCUGUUGGUCUCCCGAAUGUUGGUCCACAUUUUGAGACUUGGAAUGCUGGUGUUCUUGGCCCAAUUACAUUGAAUGGACUCAAUGAGGGGAGAAGAGACUUGUCGUGGCAGAAGUGGUCUUACAAGAUUGGUCUUGAAGGAGAAGCAUUGAGUCUUCAUUCACUCAGCGGGAGUUCUUCAGUCGAGUGGGUUGAGGGGUCUUUUGUGGCCCGAAGGCAGCCUCUAAUGUGGUACAAAACUAUGUUCAAUGCACCUGCUGGAAACACCCCAUUAGCCUUGGACAUGGGCAGCAUGGGUAAAGGUCAAGUGUGGAUAAAUGGACAGAGUCUUGGCCGCUACUGGCCUGCAUAUAAAGCAUCUGGUACCUGUAGUGAAUGUAAUUAUGCUGGAACAUAUAAUGAGAAGAAGUGCUUAAGCAAUUGUGGGGAGGCUUCUCAAAGAUGGUAUCAUGUUCCUCAUUCAUGGCUAAACCCGACCGGGAAUCUGCUGGUUGUUUUUGAAGAAUGGGGUGGAGACCCAAAUGGGAUCUUUCUGGUUAGAAGGGAAAUAGAUAGUGUCUGUGCUAAUAUCUUCGAGUGGCAGCCAACCCUCAUGAAUUGGCAGAUGCAAGCGUCAGGCAAAGUCAACAAACCGCUGAGACCUAAAGCCCAUUUAUGGUGUGGCCCUGGGCAGAAAAUAUCAUCAAUAAAGUUCGCUAGCUUUGGGACACCGGAAGGGGUUUGCGGAAGCUUCCGGGAAGGAAGCUGUCAUGCCCACAAAUCAUACGACGCUUUUCAAAGGAGUUGUGUAGGGCAGAGCUCCUGCUCGGUAACUGUAGCACCGGAAAUUUUUGGAGGAGAUCCAUGCCCAAAUGUCAUGAAGAAGCUCUCUGUGGAGGCUGUUUGCAGCUGAAUUUAAUAAGAUAAGGGUCCCUAAUUUAAUACGUCGUGUCCAGUUCAUCUAUUUUUGGGUAAAUCAACUACACGUCCAGAUCAUCAUGACCAUUCAUUUUGGCUUUUCCAAGGUGAAGUUGUACAAAUAUACAACACACCAUCUGGUUGAAAGCCUAUACAGAUUGUUAAAAUGAUUAUGGAUAAGCUAUAUGUAUAUACCAGCCAUUGUUUUGUUUGGUGGCUUGCAAGUUAUUUGCGGUAGGGGAGAAAGAGUCAGUCGAGGCACAUUGAGAUGAUACUAAUCAGAGUCCAUGUGCAAAUUUUUAGUUUCAGAAUCUGGAAGCCUCUGGUUCCAGUAAUGUGUAUUUGAAUUUCAGUAAUGAUGUAUUUGAAUUUCCUUA